UAGCGUCCGGGCGGGGGCGCGGCGCCGCGGCCUCUUGGCUCCGCCCUUCCUUCGCCCUUCCGCCCCGGCGGAGCGGAACGCGGCGGGCGGCGCUGGGCCGCGGGGCGGAGCGGGCAGGAUGAGCACGAAGCAGGUGACGUGCAGGUACUACGUGCAGGGAGUGUGCCGCGAGGGGAGCAAGUGCCUGUUCUCGCACGAUCUGUCCAGCAGCAAGUCCUCCACCGUCUGCAAGUACUACCAGAAGGGGCAGUGCGCCUACGGAGCCCGCUGCAGGUAUGAUCACACCCGGCUCCCUCCGCCGGGGGGAGCAGCAGCCCCUGCACCCCCUGCCCCGCUGGCUGCCCCGCAGGGCCCCCGGCACCCACCCGAGCCUGGCGCCCCGGUCACCAGGAGCAAACGGCACGAGGCUGGCAAGAGGGAGAAGAAGACGCUGGUGCUGAGGGACAGAAAUCUGUGUGGCUUGACUGAAGAGAAGCACAAACCCAGUGGCACGGGAGACGUGGUGUGCUGCAGUGACCAAAACGACAGUGUGGAAGUGAAGCCCCAUUCCUACCUGGAAGCUAUUUGCAGCGGGCUGGAGGACCCGGUGGCUGCAGGCUCCUGUGCUGAUGCAGAGCAGUUGUGUCCCUACGCUGCAGCGGGCGCCUGCCACUUCGGAGAGCGCUGCCUCUACAUCCACGGGGACGUGUGUGAGAUAUGUGGGCUGCAAGUCCUGCACCCCUUCAACCAGGAGCAGAGGAAGGCUCACGAGAUGAUGUGCAUGGCGACAUUUGAGCACGACAUGGAGAAGGCCUUUGCCUUUCAGGCAAGUCAGGACAAAGUGUGCAGUAUCUGCAUGGAAGUGGUGUAUGAGAAGCCAUCGGCCUCCGAGAGGAGGUUUGGGAUCCUUUCCAACUGCAACCACACGUACUGCUUGUCCUGCAUCCGGCAGUGGAGGUGUGCCAAGCAGUUUGAGAAUCCCAUCAUAAAGUCUUGCCCCGAGUGCCGUGUGAUCUCCGAGUUCGUCAUUCCCAGCACGUACUGGGUAGAAGACCAGGAGAAGAAAAACGAACUGAUUGAAGCAUUUAAGCAGGGAGUGGGGAAAAAGCCCUGCAAGUACUUUGAACAAGGGAAGGGAACGUGCCCUUUCGGAGGGAAAUGUCUUUACCUUCACGCUUACCCAGAUGGGACGCGAGCCGAGCCUGAAAAGCCAAGGAAGCAGCUCAGCUCCGAGGGCACUGUGCGGUUCUUCAAUUCUGUUCGCCUGUGGGACUUCAUUGAAGACAGAGAGAGCAGGAGUGUGCCCAGCACGGACACCGACGUCACUGAACUGGGAGAACUGUUCAUGCACCUCUCAGGGGCCGAUGAGGACUCUGCUACUUCUCAAUAAAGAGGACGGGAGGUGCUUCUGCCU